AAAAAUUAAUUUUGAAUGCUUUUCAUAAUUUUGAUGGACACAGUGCAUAAUAAUUCGAUUUGCAAACGGCUUAAAUAUCAAGCAUUAUAAUAAUUUAAAGAUUUAAAAAUAUGUAACAACUAAAUCUUCUUUUUUUGAAGUUUGAACAGCAAAUAAAUUAAUCACUUUGGAAUAAUUAUUUUUUGGCGACAAGACCGUUCAAGGCAAACAACAUGUUUUUAGCAUUAUUAAUGAAUUGUCUAGAAAGUCCAAUUAUUGCGGUAGUGUUGCUGUUAAUCACAGUAAUUGUUUUUCGUGUAAGGAGUUUUUUAUGGAAUUAUAUUCGAAUGUGUUACUAUGCAUCGAAACUUCCCGGACCACCAGCUUAUCCAAUUAUCGGAAACGGAGCAUUGUUUUUGGGAACUAUUGAAGAAACAACUAAAAAUUUACUUUCUCUUGGUGAGCAAUAUCGAAAUUCUUCCCUAGUACGAGCAUGGAUAGGUCCAUUGCCAAUAUUUGCAGCUUUAGAUCCAAAAAUUGUCCAAGAAGUUUUAACAAAUCCAAACGCUUUAGAAAAACCAUACCUAAUGAAAUUCAUAUGGAACAAUGUAAUGGAGAAGUCAAUUUUAACAUCCGAGGUUCCAGAAUGGAAACACAAUCGAAGUUUCAUCAUAAAAGCAUUUAGUCCAGUAAUUAUAAAAUCGUAUUUUAAAAUAUUUGUGGAAAAAACUAAUAUUUUAACUAAAAAAUUAGACUUAGAAUUAAAUAAAAACAAAUCGUUUGAUAUAUUUGAGUAUUUAUCAAGAACUACUUUGGAUUCAGUUUGUGAAUCGACCAUGGGUGUAAAUAUGAAUUCAUAUAAUGAGUCAUAUUACCUUGAUGCUAUUGAGAGUGCAUUGUCUCUUGCCUUCGUAAGGAUAUUCAAUGUUUUUAAACAUCCAAACAUAUUUUACAAAUUUACACGGGAUUAUAAAACUAUAUCGAAAAAUCGAAGUAUUAUACAGAAAUUCGUUGGUAAAAUAAUUGAUGAUAAAAGAAAAAAUUAUGUGACAUCCGUUGAUAAUUUGGAUGAUGUAAGAGCGAUUAAUAAAAAUUUAUAUAAAAAAUCCUUUUUAGAAUAUUUAAUGGAUUUUACAAAAAAUAACACCAAUUUUACGGAUGAACAACUACGUAAUGAAACUAACACCAUUAUUUUUGGGGGUUUUGAUACCACAGCAACUUCUCUGAGCUUUGUUUUAUUACAAUUGGCUGGUCACAAAGACAUACAAACUCAAGUUUAUCAAGAAAUAUUAGAAGUUCUUGGUGAAAAUAAUAAAGACUCAAUCGAUUUUGAUGAUUUACCAAAACUAAAAUACAUGGAAAUGGUAAUUAAAGAGUCAAUGCGAUUAAUUGCAACAGGACCAAUUAUCGCAAGAGAAGUAUCUCAAGAUAUUAAAACCGGGAAUAAUAUAAUUCCAAAAGGCGCUACGGUUGCAAUUCCAAUAUUUGCAAUACACCGUAAUUAUAAAUAUUGGAAAAAUCCAUUAAAAUUUGAUCCAGAACGUUUCACACCAGAAAAUAUUAAAAAUCAACAUCCGUACGCAUUUAUCCCAUUUAGUGCUGGCCCUAGAAAUUGUAUUGGUAUUCGAUAUGCAUGGAUACUUAUGAAAGCUACUUUAGCUACAUUAUUGAGUCGAUACGAAUUCCAUACCGAUUUAAAUUUAGAAGAAUUAAGAUAUGACCUUCAAGUGACUUUGAAAUUAGUGAAUGGAUGUCAGGUGCGGAUCACUCCACGUUAAACAAAGAUAAGUAAAUGGAAAAAAAUGAUUCAAUUGAAAGAAAUAGGAUGUUGAAAUAAUUUAACUUUGAAAUAAUUCAUAUCAAUUAUAACGAAUAAUUAUUUUGUACUACAGUCAGCAUCAAAAAAAUAUGUAGCUUUAAGAAAAAUGGUCUUUUCGGGAGAAUCAAAAACUCAUUCGAAUGCUUGUACUUUGAAUGCAUUUUCAAGGUCACUG